CUCGCUGUUCUACUCAAAGCUGUGGAGUUCUGGCACAGCCGGAGUGUUUAUCCUCAGCGGGGAUUACAGUGUUGUUUAACCCAUUGGAACUUUUCUCUGAGUUUUACAUUCCUUGUUUUGCGUCGGACUCAAGUUAUCAUAGUGUAUAAAAAUCCUUUUCCACCUGGAGUGUGAUCGUUGUGUCUCUGAUAUGACUUUUAGCCACUCUGCCGCUGUUCUCGUCUUAUUUUUCUUCACAGCUGGAGUGGGGACCACAGUCUACGACGGCUACAAUGACUUUCCACAGGAAGAUGUCAUUCCUCAGCUUGACUACAGUGAUCCUUACUGGUGCCACCCACCAAGUCUGACCAAUGGUGAGGUGACCUGUCAGUCCCCUCGAGGUAGGGCCUCCAGGAGUACACUGGGCACCCGCUGUGAGAUGACCUGCGACCGAGGCUACCGGCUGCUGGGAAGAAACUCUAUUCAGUGCCUCCCCAGCCGCCGCUGGUCUGGGACUGCUUACUGCCGCAAGAUUCGCUGCCAUGUUUUGCCCCUCAUCCCUCACGGCAGAUACACCUGCACUCAAGGCUUUGUUGUGGACUCCAGGUGUGACUUCACCUGUGCCCCUGGCUACCGCAUCGCAGGGGAACACUCACGCACCUGUCUGACCAUGGGUUCCUGGAGCGGAGGACAGCCGGUGUGUUCAGAUACAGAUCCUCCAAAGAUCAAGUGUCCUCCUUCCAGACUGAAGGUUGCCGAGCCUGGGAAGCUCACUGCCAGGGUGACAUGGGACCCCCCCACUGCUACUGAUACUGCUGACAAGUAUCUCCGUUUGGUGUUAGUGGGUGAGGAGCCAGACACUGACUUUAAAGAGGGAGCAAGCAUUAUUCGAUACAAGGUGUUUGACCAAGCCAAUAACAGAGCUGCCUGCAAGUUUAUUGUACGUGUUGAGGUGAGGCGAUGCCCUGAACUGCUGUCACCUCUACAUGGUUAUGUCAGCUGCACCUCUGAUGGGAAUAACUACGGUGCAACAUGUGAAUACCACUGUGAAGGAGGAAAUGAACGCAGAGGGAUGUCUAGUCGUGUCUGCCAGUUCGACCGUAGCUGGAGCGGCAGUCCUGCUGAGUGCGUCUCAAUGGAGAUAAAAUCCGAUGUGAAGACAGCCUCUGCUCUCCUGGAUCAGUUCUAUGAAAAGAGGAGGCUGCUGAUUGUAUCUGCACCCAACAUAUCUGACCCGGACUACCAGUUGCAGAACAUCAUGAUACAGAAAUCGGACUGUGGAUUAGACCUCAGACAUGUAACAGUGAUUGAGCUCCUGGGCUCUCCACCUCAAGAGACGGGCCGCAUUAAAGAAAGUCUGCUUCACUCUGAAGUCAUAGAGGGUUUGAGGCAAGCAUUCAGAAUCUCUCGUUCCUACUUCAGCAUGGUGCUGCUGGACAAGCUCGGGCUGGAUCGAGAACGCUUCAUUAUGCCAGUAUCUGCAGAUGAGCUGUUCUCCUACAUAGACAGCUUCCUGCUGGAAGAGGAGGAGCGGGAGAGACUGGAGCUCCGCAGAGAUUUCUGCGAUUAAUUUGAUGAAGAUCUCUGGUUGCCACAGCAAUAAAGUCAUCAGUAUUUCUAAGACAGGACGAGGGAGGACAGACAACCUGGAAAGCAAGUCUAGAGGGACACUAGAAUGGGAUAUGAACGUCAUUUCCUUGUAUUAAUAUGUGAUCGAUAUACAACACUGAAGAGCUGUUUAUGUUUGCUCAACAUAAGAUUAGUUAAGGGUCAAAUGAUUGCAGUGAAAAUAAUUUUCACAAAAAUACAGCCUGCAAGAUGCAGAUUCUGUAUGAUCAUGCAACAAACCAAUACUCAACACUUAAUUAUUUGUAUGUAUGAGCUGAUUGAUUUUAUUCCUCCUUUUUCUAUC